CUGUAGCAUUCAAUCUAAUUUCCCAUCAGUCAUCGACUUCAUCGAUUUGUUACCUACGCCUGUUUUUGUUGAUCAUAUAAAAAUCCAAUCAUUUUUGGUCCGAAAUUCAUUAACCGAGAACUUUUUCUUGUUCAGCCAAUUUCGCGACAAUCUUCAGGCGUAAAAAUGCCGGUAGAUGGAGAAAGGUUUGUGUGGGUACGUGUGAACUACCUCUGUAUCAGUGCAAUCGACACUAAAUCCCAAAAGUUCUCCGCUGAAGUUCUCAUCGAGGCCAGAUGGAUGCAACGGGACGGGGAGGGGGAGGGAGACUGUGAACAAGAUGACAAAGAAAGAGACAAGGGGCAAGAAGAGGGGAAGGGGGGACACUUUGACCCCAAACUGGUCAUCUCCAACCUGGACUAUCUGCGGAAGGAGAAAUGCUGGCACAGGAUAGAGAGCACAGAGAAGUGCCGCAGAUGGGUGUUCCUCUGCUGGAGACUCACGGGAGACUUCUACGAGAACCUUGAGCUCGAAAACUUUCCGCGGGAUGUGCAAGACUUGAGCAUCUGGGUGUCAAGCGAGCUACACGCAGAUGAGAUCGAACUUCUCGUUGAGGACCGAAAAUUGCCGACCAUUGACGUGAACAAUUUCCGAGCGAACCAAGAAUGGAACCUGUUCCAUCACGUCGAGAGCGAAAAACUACCCGAGACGCCGAACAGCGACGUCGAACUCGGCAGCACCGCAGGAUUCAUAGUCGCAAAAUGCCGAGUGGCGAGACGAUCCGAGUACUUUUUUCUUAACAAUGUCCUCGUAAUGUUCUGCUUAGUCGUGCUUUCGUUCACGAUUUACGCAUUCGCGCCGACGUCUAAUAUGCCUCGAAUUGGCUCGAGUAUAAACUUGCUGCUUGUCGCAGUGGCGUUUAAGCUCUCUGUGAGUGCAAACCUUCCCCUGAUAUCCUACCUGACAUACUUAGACAUGUACAUGCUUGGAGUUAUUUUGUACUUAUGUCUUAAUAUUUUAUUGUUCGCAUCACUGUCAAUAAUCAAAGAUAGAGCUUAUGCCAAGGAUGUUGACGAAUAUGUGCUUUCUUGUCUCGUAAUGGCCGUCGUUUUCUUUCAUAUGAUCUUCAUUUAUAUAUUCGUAUCGCGUACAAAUGUACCCAUAAAAGAAAUGCUGGAAAAGGAUCGUCUGUACGACAAAGAAUUAGCGAAAAUGAAGCAACGAAAAUCGAGUCGAGUUGUGAAGGUCGUGGCAAGAGAAAUUCCCCCACCCCUCAACUGGAAAUGGUCCCAGGACAGUCAGGAGUCGGAGAGUCGAGUUUCGCCGACGAGUCGCUACGAGGAGACGAAUCACCUGCUGCCACUUCGGAUUAACGAAAUCAGACGACAAGGAAACAAUAUUCAGAAUAUCAGAUACCAAUAA